UUAUUUUAAUUGGAUAAAAGAAUAAAAAAAAACAGAGAUAACGUUAGGACCAGAAGAAGAAGAAAAGAUUAGUAAUGGCGACAUCGGUUGCGACUCUAUCUUCUCCGCCACCAGUUACUCUGCCUCUCUCUUCAUCUCGCUCUUCCUUAUUCUCCAACUGUUUCAUAGCGACCACCCGACGACCAAAGACUCGUUCUUUGGUGGCGAUUCGACCGGAGCAGAGGAGAAAGUCGCUCACUUGUAAUGCCCUGUUUGGUCUCGGUGUCCCUGAGCUUGCGGUGAUUGCUGGCGUCGCCGCUUUGCUUUUCGGGCCUAAGAAGCUUCCUGAGAUUGGCAAGAGUAUUGGCAAGACCGUCAAGAGCUUUCAACAGGCUGCAAAAGAGUUUGAGUCUGAGCUUAAGACGGAACCUGAAGAUUCUGUUGCUGGCUCGUCGUCUCCAGUAGCAAUGAGUAACAAGGAAGAGGAAAAAACUGAGGUUUCGUCAAGCUCAAAGGACAAUAAUGUAUGAAGAAUGAUGAGACUUUUUUUUUUUUUGCUUUUCCUGUAGUUAAAUGAGUUUAGAACAAAUACUCUUUGUUGAUGAUGGAAGCAGACUUGUCUUCCUAUGAAAUAUGGUUGGCUCCAUGGUGUUUGAAUCUAUAUUAGCUAUUUCUUCUUAAGAAUAUAGCAAACCUUGCAAAA